AUGAAGUCGGCUGCCGUAAUCCUUCUUCUGAUUCUCGCUGUUGCCGUCAUGGAAACUUCUGGAGCCACCGGAAUGGCUGGAUCAGCCACCAGAAUGUGUCUUCGCAAGAUGACCGACUACGCCAACGCCAUUUGCGAGGGAAGAAAGUUUGUGGAGCAUGUGGAUGAACUCAUCGUCGCGGCCUGCGAGACCCACGUGGACAUUAACGACUUCAUGGCACACAUCUGCCCGGAAGCAUAA